AUGAUGAACAAUGUUAUCGAAGCAACAAUUUUGACUGGAAAAUUCAAAGGUGAAGACGUACUGUUGCCACGCAUCCCAAUGAUCCCGACAGAUAUGCCAUUCGAAUUCAAAUGUUUGCAGUUCCCGGUGCGACUCGCUUUCGCAAUGACUAUCAACAAAGCACACGGACAAUCGUUGCAAGUGUGUGGAUUAAAUUUUGAGAAUCCAUGCUUCUCACAUGGGCAGAUCUAUGUGGCCUGCUCACGCGUCGGAAAAGCUUCCGAUUUAUUCGUUUACGCACCAGAUGUAAAAACAAGAAAUAUUGUGUAUCCCACAGCACUUCAAUAA